ACGAGGUGAAACUGGUGCGUGCGGCUCCGAUGUGGAGGAUGUGAGGGACGAAACCACUACACCCUUCUUCCAGCCAACUGUAAGAGCUGAGCGAAUUCCGCCUGUUUCUAUCACUCUUUUCUGGUGGGAUGUUAUGCUGAUUUUAUGUAGCCUAUUUCCUCAUUUUAAACGUUUGCCAGCCAGCUUACGACGACUGUGGUCAAAAAUCGUAACUUGAGGAAGGCGUGAAACUUGCUCUCCCUCCUUCGCCUCUCUCUGCGUCUGGAUGGAAGAAACCUGCGGAGUAAAAGAUCGGCUGUGCUUACCUGAUUGGGGUGAUGAGGAUUCGUGAACGAUAUGUAGGAUCGAUGGAGUCGCCUCAGUUAUCUUUUUCAUUUUUUGCAUGUUGAGCCCCGACAUGCAAAGAAGUUUCUUCUCAAUGGGUUUACGCCAGACACAGCGGGGAAUAUCUCUGCUUCUGGAAGGGUGACCUAGCUGUCCUCAUUCCCCCUGACCUUUGACCCUCACAGGGCGGGGACCCUAACCCCCCCGCCCGGCCCAGCCAAGCUGCGGAGAUGUACCAGGAAGUGGCCCUCCUGGCUGGCAGCUCUGAGCGCCAGUUCACCACCUUCCACUUCAACCCCGUGGAGAACCCCCAGGAGGUCACCGCCAGGAAGGGCAUCUUCUACAAGCGCGUCCAGUUGCUCCGGCUUGACCACGAGUCCUCACUGCCCCCCCGGGUCGAUAGCCUGGCCCCCAGCGCCGCCGUCACUCCACCAGCCACCACCGACGACACCCCGGCCAUCAUCAACGUGGGCGGCAUCCGCUACCGCAUCCCGUGGUCAACGCUGGACGAGUUCCCGUUGACCCGCCUGUGCAAGCUGCGUGGCUGCAGCAACGCCGAGGAGCUCCUGGACGUCUGCGACGACUACGACGUGAGCCGCAACGAGUUCUUCUUCGACCGCAGCCCCGCCGCCUUCCGCUCCAUCGUGACGUUCCUGGCGGCGGGCAAGCUGCGCCUCCUGCGCGAGAUGUGCGCGCUCUCCUUCCAGGAGGAGCUGCUCUACUGGGGCGUGGAGGAGCAGAGCCUGGAGUGGUGCUGCCUGCGCAAGUUGCGCCUCCGCCAGGAGGAGCACCGCGAGCAGCUGUGCCGCGACGAGGAGGAGGCCGAGCUCGCCUCCCCGCAGUCCUGCGACGAGGAGGGGCACCCGGGCGGCGGCAGCGGGAGCAGCAGGGGAGGUGCAGGAGGUGGGAGCGGGUCGGCGGCGCUGGAGGAGACGCGCAUGGCCUGCUGCAUGCGCAAGCUGAGGGACAUGGUGGAGAACCCGCACUCGGGGCUGCCGGGGAAGAUCUUUGCGUGCCUGUCAGUGGUGUUCGUGGCCAUCACCGCCGUGACUCUCUGCGUCAGCACCAUGCCGGACAUGAGGGCCGAGGAGGAGCGGGGCGAGUGUUCGCAGCGCUGCUUUAACAUCUUCGUGCUGGAGACGGUGUGCGUGGGCUGGUUCUCGCUGGAGUUCCUGCUGCGCUUCAUCCAGACGCAGAGCAAGUGCGACUUCCUGCGCACGCCGCUCAACGUCAUCGACGUGGUGGCCAUCCUGCCCUACUACAUCACGCUCAUCGUGGACGCGCUGUCGCCCGAGGGCGAGAACGGCGAGCGGCCCGCCGGCUCGGGCAACAACUACCUGGAGAAGGUGGGCCUGGUGCUGCGCGUGCUGCGGGCGCUGCGCAUCUUCUACGUGAUGCGGCUGGCGCGCCACUCGCUUGGGCUGCAGACGCUGGGGCUGACGGUGCGGCGGUGCACGCGCGAGUUCGGCCUGCUGCUGCUCUUCCUCUGCGUUGCCAUGGCGCUCUUCUCGCCGCUAGUCUUCCUCGCGGAGAGCGAGAUGGGCGCCAAGCAGGAGUUCACCAGCAUCCCGGGCAGCUACUGGUGGGCCGUCAUCUCCAUGACCACGGUGGGCUACGGCGACAUGGUGCCGCGCUCCAUCCCCGGCCAGGUGGUGGCACUGUCCAGCAUCCUGAGCGGCAUCCUGCUCAUGGCCUUCCCGGUGACGUCCAUCUUCCACACGUUCUCGCGCUCCUACCUGGAGCUGAAGGAGGAGCAGAUGCGUGCCUCACGCCAGCGGCCCGACGCGCACGACAGCACCAAAUCGCAGAACAGCGAGGACUCGCAGGACACUGACAACUCCUACCACAUGACCACCGCUGCCGCCGCCCAGGCCUCCGUAGCCGCGCUGCACCGGCGCUCCAUCGCCGUCAUGGCAACACAGAGACCAGAAGAUGUAAAGAGGUCAGAGAAGACCUGAGGUUGGAGUAAAGAAAUGGUGGGACUGUGGACUGUCUCCUUUUAAAGAAAAGAAAGAAAGAAAGAAAGAAAGAGAAGAAAAAACUGCAGUAAUUUAUGAGGGUGUGUGAUCUUUCACUGAGCUGGAGUAUAGCUUGGGAAUAAUCCAACACAGUAGCUGCAAGCAACUUUCAAAGCAGGGAAUGCAUUUUUAAACGGCUGGAAUCGAGGACUACAGUAGUAUUUUUCCUGGGCUAGUGACCGUGAUCAUUGAUCAACAACACAUCGACCCUGCUGCUAGCUUUUAACUAGUGUUUGGGGCAGACUCUUUUCACAGAAGUAAUCACCAGGAAGCCGUUCCCUUUUCUCUUGUUUUGUUGGACCAAUGAAAAAGGAGAAGCUGGAUGCAGUACCACCUUGUGGCUUUUCAUUUUUUUUUAUUAUUAUUAUUAUUAUUAUUAUUAUUAACAGGAAAUGAGACGAAAUAUUGCCUGUUUUCUGGUUUCUUGUUUUUUUUUUUCCUUUUUUACCAGAGUAUUUCUAAUCCUACUGCAAAAAUCCUUUAAACUGAUGAGGGCUCGUAGCAGGAGAGACAGAGGCAACCAGUGCACUUAAAUGUGGAGUUUGGCGGUCUGUUCGGUCCGUGAUGUCUGUCUGUGUUUCUGCGCGUCUUGCAUUGCCAGUGGAAGUCUGGAGUGGAGAGGAGUGCAUUAGCGGAGGUGCGUUUCUCUGUGUCUCUCUGCAGAGAAGAUAAACGUGUAAACUAUCUGCCUGUACCAUUUUUGUGGAACCAAUCCCAAUAGCCAACUCCCCUUCCUGUUCACUUCAUGCACAGCAGCCCUGUUUUGACAUGGGCCUGAAUCCUACCACUCUCUGUAUGGCUUGCUUCUAGACUCCUUAGACUCAGGAUUUGCUGGU